AUGUCGGUUUCUGACCGUGGUUACACCCUUCUUCUCACCCAUCUUCACAACCCGAUUUCCACGCUACCGUUGCCGACCAUACAAGGUGCACUAGCGCAUCACCUUGCCACUCUUUCGCCUCUUCCAACCCCUCUUGCGGCGACUGCGAUUUCAUCGCCAUUUUUUCUCUCUCAGCCGCUCACACAUACGAAGCUAACCUCGCUUUCGACGGCAUUCAGACAUGCGACCCAUCUCAAAUUUCGUGCACUUCGGGAUGCGGACAAGUCCCGAUCGGGGUUUAGUGCUCUUUUUCGUAAAACGUUGAACGGAGCUGUGGGCCAGUGGGUCACGGAUGUGGUUAAAGGCGUGCAGGGAGGUCAUCCCGUUUUACGGUUGGCGUGCUGUAGUGGGCUGUUGCUCGGUGUUGAGGACCUAAAGAAGACCGAUCAUCUUGAAGUUGGGAGGAGCGGUUUGGAGAACGAAACUGUCGUUUCACUGGCGGAAGUCAUGGAUACGUACGCCUUUGGAGUUAUCUCUGGGACCCCGACCGGCGUCGAGGAAUGGGAGCGAGAGUUUCAGCCGGCAGGCCAAGACGUUCUUUCAUUGACUCUCAUUCUCGCAUCUCAGUCAUUACCUCUAGUAUCCCAAGCGAGACUCAGGGCUCUUCCACUGCCUGUCCUUGCUCGCGUUCUCACCUCCACCAUCUCUGCCACCUUCAAAACAGGCACUUUCCUAUCCUCCAUUUCCCCAUCGACAUCUCUUACGCCCGAACACCAUGUUCACAUAUCACCUUCAUCGCCUCUUGCUCAAACACUUCGGUCGAUGUCUUCCUCUCCGCUUACCGCCUCGAUUCCCUCCAUUUCUCGGUUUACAGCCAACACCCUCGCACUCCUCCUCGACACUCCCACAUCGAGGAUCGACGAGGGAAUGCGUACCGUCUCAGACACCCUCAAAGUUCUAGGCGAGAUGUCGACUAAAAUUGAAAGUGACUGGUCAAAAGGCGCAUUGGCCAGCGCCACGAAAGACCAAAUUGACGAGGACACCAAGGAACUCACGAAAUCGAUCUGGACAACACUCAAAACUUUCCUCUUUUCCAACGUCAUGCUACUUGACUCCAUUCUCUCCGCCGUCGUCUUCGUUCCUCCUUACUACUCAGCUAUCACCCCCUCAUUCAUAGCUCUACAGGCUCUCCAUACGCUCUCCCACCUCUCAUUCGUCAUAUCACAGUUUGGCGGCGUCACGUCGACUACUGGAGGCUUUGGAGAGCUGAAGAAGACAUUUUAUCUUGCGCUGGAUAUUUUGGCACAGGCAGGCGAUAAAGCCGAUGCGUAUGUUGAGGAAACGUGUUUUUCACUUCAGCGCAUGACGGGUGCUGCGAAAAGUGUACAUCAAGCUAAGCAGGCUUUCGCACUGGCGAGUAUUGAACAGCUCGUUCCGGUGCUUAGUGAUGGGUGUAUACGGAACUGGGUGUGGGGUGCUUGCUACGCGCACCUCUCCGACCCAACCAACCGUGAAACGUACGAAUCCGCGCAUUCAGUCGUAUUAGCCAUAUUCUCUGCGCAUGCCCAAAAGCAGCGCCAGGAACCUUCUUCUUUGGCUUCUACGACGUCUGCUUGGAAGAUAGGGUUCUUUGGGAAGGGCUUCGGUAGGACUGUUCGAACCGGACAAGAAUUUUUGGACGCCGGUGGGGAAGGGAAGGUGGACAGCCAGGAAUCAUCAUCUAUCUCGGAAGACUUUGCGAAGAGGAUGGUUCCUUUUUACGCGCAGUGUUUGAUAGAGAACUCUGUCGAAGGAAGGCUGAGCACACCGCAGCUCCGGCUAGCGUAUUCAGCGUUGGUGCGGAGCGCUUGCGUUAGUGCUUACGCAUCCGACGACGGGGUUUCAGAUGAAACCUAUUCAUUAGCGUGGUAUUGCGUUCAACUCAUCCUUGACAAACUCCGGGACCUUACAUCCCCCACUGCACAUGAGCAUGACGUGAAAGGAAAGGGCAAAGCUCGAGAUGACGUUGUCGAAGUGGAGGAUAGAAGCGUCGAACGCGUCCAUCGGCUUCGUCUCGUUUUGAUCUCCAUGGUCUCGUCACUCCCACUUUUGCUGAUGUCCCGCGUUUUGGAGGAAAUUCGUGUUAUGCUCCUCACCACCGCUGACUCUGACUCUGCUGAAGAGGGAAGGAGGAAGGAGCUAGUGGACGCCCUGUUUGGGGAGUUUUUGGAGGGAGUGGGUGAUCGAGAGAAGGAAGCUGCGAUUAGGUGGUGGUAUCAGCAUCGCCCGAUGCUCAUUUCCGGUCGGGAGGAGAAGGCGGAAGAGUCGGAGGAGGAGAGGGAAGGGAAAGGCACCGGAGUUGGUUCUUGGAUAAAGGGGGUUAAGGAGGUUUUGAAGGAUAAGGUUAAUGAAGAGCUUGGGCUUGGAAGGCCCGGGGAGAGUCGAUCGGACGCCCCCCAGAGUGAUUUGGGAGUUGUAUCGCGAUUGUGA